ACCUCAAAUGAUUGCACAGAAUGGUGGUAACGGUUAGCUCAACACUGCUCGAUCGGCUGGACUUGAUGUUUACGCCUUUCCCUCUCCAUUCAUCGGCACACUAACAUCUGCGAAGGACUACACCGAAACGUGAACCCACACCUACACCCGCGACCAAAUUGACAUGUAAGCAUUUUCCCGUAUGGGUGAGGGUGCAACGAUGGGAAGCAUCAGGUUUUGUUUACAACGGAUACGACGCAAAAUGAAGCUGGACCUACUCAGAGAUUUUGGUCGACAGUAUCCCGUCUUCUGCUUCUUUCUACUGAUCCUGCUACUGUCCACCGUCCUGUUAAACAGGUACAUUCACAUCAUCAUGGUGGUCUGGUCUUUUCUGGCUGGUGUUGUUACUUUCUACUGCUCACUGGGACCCGAGUCUCUGCUGCCAAACAUCCUGGUCAACAUCAAGCCAAAGAUCAAGUCCUACCAGCAGGAGUUGUUUCCGCUAGGCCACAGCUGUGCUGUUUGUGGGAAGAUCAGAUGCAAAAGACACAGACCUACAUUGUUACUGGAAAACUAUCAGCCAUGGCUUGACCUGAAAGUGUCCUCUAAGGUGGAUGCUUCCUUUUCGGAGAUUCUGGAGCUUGUUCUUGAAAACUUUGUGUAUCCUUGGUAUAGAGAUGUCACAGAUGAUGAGGCGUUUGUCGAUGAGCUGAGGGUGACUCUACGUUUUUUCGCUGCUGUGUUGGUUCGCCGGAUCCAAAAGGUUGACGUGGCGUCUCUCAUUACGCGAAAGCUUCUGAAAGCCUCCAUGAAGCACAUUGAAAUAAUUGCGAAAGCUCGGCAGAGAGUGAAUAGAACUGAGUUUCUUCAACAAGCUGCCCUGGAGGAGUAUGGCCCUGACCUUCACGUUGCCCUCCGCAGUCGCAGAGAUGAGCUUCUCUACCUCAGGAAGUUGACUGAGAUGCUUUUUCCUUAUAUCUUGCCACCUAAGGCUACUGACUGCAGAUCUCUCACUUUGCUGAUAAGAGAGGUCCUGGCUGGUUCUGUCUUCCUUCCUUCAAUGGACUUCUUGGCUGAUCCUGAUACGGUGAACCAUUUGCUUUUGCUCUUCAUCGACAAUUCUCCGCCCGAAGAAGCCACAGAGCCAACGUCAGCUCUGGUUCCUUUCCUUCAAAAAUAUUCUGAUCCACGUAGCAGAAAGCCAUCAGUUCUAAAACUGGAGUUAAAGGAAAUUCGAGAGCAGCAAGAUCUACUCUUCCGUUUCAUGAACUUUUUGAAGCAAGAGGGAGCUGUCCACGUGCUUCAGUUCUGUCUUGCAGUGGAGGAGUUCAACGACAGGAUACUGUGCCCAGAGCUGCCCGAUUCCGAAAAGAUGAUGCUUCACGAGGAGGUGAAGAAGAUAUACGAGACCUACUGUUUAGACGAGAGUAUUGACAAAAUCCGCUUCGAUCCCUUUAUUGUGGAAGAGAUACGCAACAUUGCUGAGGGUCCUUAUGAGGAGGUGGUGAAACUUCAGACUAUGAGAUGUUUGUUUGAAGCAUAUGAGCAUGUCCUAUCCCUCCUGGAGAACGUUUUCACGCCCAUGUUCUGCCACAGUGAUGAGUACUUUCGCCAGCUUUUGAGGGGGGCCGAAUCCCCUGCCAGGAACUCCAAAAUGAGCAGAAAUAGCGUCAGUAUGGAUGACAUCCGGAGCACGUCAAAGAGAGGCGAGUCCUUUGGGAUCAGCCGCAUUGGCAGCAAGAUCAAGGGCGUUUUCAAGAGCACAACCAUGGAGGGAGCCAUGUUGCCAGCUUACGGGCUGGUGGAGGGAGAGGAUGAUUUGGUGGAGGAAGCCAUGAUGGUGCUGGAGGAUGACUCCCCGAUGGAGGCGGCUUCCACUCCCAGCACCCCACGGAACCUGUCCGCCUGGAACAUCACCAUCCCUUACAUUGAUUUCUAUGAUGACGACGUGAAGAGGGAGAGGAUUCCGGUGUUCUGCAUUGACGUAGAGCGGAAUGACCGGAAAGCAGUGGGUCACGAGACUGAGCACUGGUCUGUAUACAGGAGAUAUCUGGAGUUCUAUGUUCUUGAGUCAAAGCUAACCGAAUUCCACGGUUCAUUUCCUGACGCACAGUUGCCUUCCAAGCGAAUCAUCGGCCCCAAAAAUUAUGAAUUCCUCACAUCCAAGAGAGAGGAGUUUCAGGAGUAUCUUCAGAAGCUCCUGCAACACCCUGAGCUGAGCAACAGCCAACUUCUUGCCGACUUCCUGUCUCCGCACAGUGUGGAGUCUCAGUUCUUGGACAAGAUGCUGCCUGACGUGAACCUCGGGAAAAUCAUUAAGUCAGUCCCCAGCAAACUCAUAAAAGAGAAAGGACAGCAUCUUGAGCCGUUCAUCCAGUCCUACUUCAACUCUUGUGAGUCCCCCAAACCCAAACCCAGCCGCCCUGAGCUCACCAUCCUGAGCCCCACCUCAGAAAAUGAUAAGAAGCUCUUCAACGAACUCUUCAAAAACAAUGCAAACAGGUCUGAAAUGGCAGAAAAGAGGCACAACCAGAACUACUUCAUGGAAAUCCUCACUGUGGAGGGGGUGUAUGACUAUUUAAUGUAUGUAGGCCGAGUCGUCUUCCACAUUCCUGACUGGUUACACCACUUGUUGAUGGGUGGAAGGAUCCUGUUCAAGAACACACUGGAGGCCUAUACUGAUUACUACCUUCAACACAAACUGAACCACGUGGUGGAAGAGCACCGCCUGGUCUCCCUCAUCACCCUGCUCAGAGAUGCUGUUUUCUGUGAGAGCAGUCCACCUCGCUCAGCUCAAGAUAAGCAGAGGAGAGCAAAAAGGACGUUUGCAGAGAUGAUGAGAUACAUUCCUGACCUGCUGGGGAAAUGCAUCGGCGAAGAGGCCAAGUAUGAAGGCUUAUGUCUCCUCUUUGAUGGGCUCCAGCAGCCCGUUGUCAACAAGCAGCUAACCUAUGUUCUUUUGGAUAUUGUUGUUCAAGAAGUUUUUCCUGAGCUGAACAAGCAGGUGCAGAAAGAGUCUUCAAUCAAUGCUCCUUGGAUGUGACUUGGUCCAACUGACAGAAACUAACAAUUUUAAUGCACAUUUAAUGCACUUUUAUGUCUACGGAGACAUUUUUUUUCCUCUUCUGCUGUAACUUGG